GUACUGGGACCCAGGUCCACGUGCGGACCCGUUUGAGGACAUGCGGUACAUCUGGGGAGGGUUCUCGUAUCUGCAGGACGUUAUUGAGCAAGGCAUCAUUCGAGCAGUGACAGGCACCAAGGAAAAGAUGGGCGUUUAUAUCCAGCAGAUGCCGUAUCCCUGCUACGUCGACGACAUUUUCCUACGGGUGAUGAGUCGUUCCAUGCCACUCUUCAUGACACUGGCGUGGAUGUACUCAGUGGCGAUCAUUCUGAAGAGCGUGGUGUAUGAGAAGGAGGCAAGGCUGAAGGAGACCAUGAGGAUCAUGGGAUUGAAUAACGGGAUCCUGUGGUUAAGCUGGUUCAUCAGCAGCCUGAUUCCUCUGCUGAUCAGCGCUGGACUGUUGGUGCUACUGCUCAAGAAGGGAAACCUGCUGCCCUACAGUGACCCUGGCGUGGUCUUCCUUUUCCUUGGAUCCUUUGCUGUGGUGACCAUCAUGCAGUGUUUCCUCAUCAGCACGGCCUUCGCACGAGCUAACCUGGCGGCGGCCUGCGGAGGAAUCAUCUACUUCACCCUGUACCUACCCUACGUCCUGUGUGUUGCAUGGCAGGAUUAUAUCGGCUUUGGAGCCAAAGUCUUUGCUAGCCUCCUGUCACCGGUGGCUUUCGGGUUUGGCUGUGAGUACUUUGCUCUGUUUGAGGAGCAGGGAGUCGGGAUCCAGUGGAAGAACUUGGUGUCGAGUCCUUUGAAGGAGGACGACUUCAGCCUGCGCACCGCCAUCAUCAUCAUGUACUUUGACUCCUUUUUAUACGGAGUCCUCACCUGGUACAUUGAGGCCGUGUUUCCAGGUCAGUACGGGAUCCCUCGGCCCUGGUACUUCCCCUUCACCAAGUCCUACUGGUUGGGAGAAAAGGACGGAACGUCCAAUGUCCCUCUGAGCCGGAAAGGAAACCCCGGAGUCGUGUGUAUGGAGGAGGAGCCUGCUCACCUUGAGCCAGGUGUCUACAUUGAGAACCUGGUGAAGGUUUAUCGUCAUGGUAAGAAACUGGCGGUGGACGGACUGACGCUCGGCUUCUACGAGGGACAAAUCACCUCCUUCCUGGGACACAACGGAGCAGGAAAAACUACCACCAUGUCCAUCCUGACUGGUCUGUUCCCUCCCACCUCUGGUACGGCUUACAUCCUGGGCAGAGACAUCAGGUCGGAGCUGAGCGCCAUCAGACAAAGUCUUGGUGUUUGUCCACAACACAAUGUCCUCUUCAGUAUGCUGACAGUGGAGGAGCACAUCUGGUUCUAUUCCAGGCUCAAAGGCCUGUCAGAGCAGCAGGUGAAAGGUGAGAUCGAGCAGAUCCUGCAGGACACUGGGCUGCCUCACAAACGCACCUCCAGAACCAGCACGCUGUCCGGAGGCAUGCAGAGGAAACUGUCUGUGGCUCUGGCCUUUGUUGGAGGGUCGAAGGUCGUGAUCCUUGAUGAACCUACAGCCGGCGUUGACCCCUAUGCCCGCAGAGGGAUUUGGGAUCUCCUGCUGAAGUACAGACAGGGACGCACCAUCAUCCUGUCCACACACCACAUGGACGAGGCCGACAUCCUGGGUGACAGAAUUGCCAUCAUCUCCCACGGGAAGCUGUGCUGCGUGGGCUCAUCUCUGUACCUUAAGAACCAGCUGGGGACGGGCUAUUACCUGACGCUAGUCAAGAAAGAACCAGAACCAUCGCUGAGCUCCUGCAGGAACUCGUCCAGCACAGUGUCCCUCACCAAGAAGGAGGAGUGUGCGUCCGUCAGCAGCAGUGAUGCAGGACUCGGCAGCGAGAAUGAAAGUGAGGCUGCGACCAUCGAUAACGGCCCAGCGGCAUCUAUCUGUGAUGUCCCCUUUGUCCCCCCGGAUGUGUCUCUGGUCUCGAGUCUGAUCCUGCGUCAUGUCCCAGCCGCCCGCCUUGUAGAGGACCUGGGACACGAGUUGACCUACGUCCUGCCGUACAACGCAGCCAAGGACGGAGCUUUCGUGGAGCUGUUCAAAAACCUGGACGUGAAGCUGGCCGACCUCAGCAUCUCCAGCUAUGGCAUCUCCGACACGACACUGGAGGAGAUUUUCCUGAAAGUGGCCGAAGAUAACGGAGUGGACACUGAAGUACCAUCAGACGGAACACUUCCUGUUCAGAGGAGGAGAAGGAGGACACACGCCUUCGGAGGAGGAGACCACCAGAGCUGCCUGAGACCGUUAAUGGAGGACGACAGCAACGACUCCGAUGGAGACCCUGAGAGCAGGGAGACGGACUGGUUGAGCGGUUCUGACGGUAAAGGCUCGUAUCAGGUGAGGGGGUGGAGCCUGAAGAGGCAGCAGUUUAUAGCUCUGUUGUGGAAACGAUUCCUGUACGCUCGACGAUCCAGGAAAGGCUUCUUCGCGCAGAUCGUUCUCCCCGCUGUCUUCGUGUGCAUCGCUCUUGUCUUCAGUCUCAUUGUCCCUCCGUUUGGAAAAUAUCCCAGUUUGGAGUUGCAGCCCUGGAUGUAUGAGGACCAGGUCACCUUCAUCAGUGACGAUGCUCCCAGAGAUGCCAGCAUGCAGGGCUUAUUAAACGCUCUGCUGGACGCUCCAGGCUUCGGGACUCGCUGCAUGGAUGGACAUCCAAUCCAAGAAGCACCAUGUACCAUGGGUGAUGAGGAGUGGCACACCCCCGAUGUCCCUGAGAGUCUCCAGCAGCUGUUCAGCUCCAGGAACUGGAGCAUGGAGGAUCCGUCUCCGGCAUGUUUCUGUAGCUCUGACGGCAGAAAGAAGAUGCUUCCCGAUUGUCCCGCAGGAGCUGGAGGUCUGCCCCCACCUGAGAUGAAGUUGAGUGCCACCGACACGCUGCAGAACCUGACGGGACGAAACAUCUCCGACUACCUGGUGAAAACGUACGCGCAGAUCAUUGGCAAGAGCCUGAAUAACAAAGUGUGGGUGAACGAGUUCAGGUACGGAGGCUUCUCAUUGGGCGCCAGAAGCACUCAGGUCCUCCCACCUGCCAAUGAGAUUGAUGACGCCAUUGAACGAGUCAGAAAAAUCUUUGAGUUGCAGAAGGUCAGUUUUAGACACUUGAAAACAAUCCCGAGCUGA